GCAGGCAGAUAAAAAGUCAAACCUCCUCCUUAAUAGAAGAAAUAAUUCAUACAUAUUACAUACGACAAGCGCGAGGAGACAAGGUAAGCAUUUGGGUCCUCCACUCCGUCUCCGAGAUGGGUAUCGCUCUCCUCGCGCUGCUGCUGGUGCUGCCGGCGAGCCAUGCGCGGGUGUGCCCGCCGUGCGGGUCGACGGCCGUGCCGUACCCGCUCAGCACAGGCGACGGCUGCGGCGACCCGGCGUACAAGGUCCGGUGCGCCGCCGCCACCAACUCGUCGACGUCGUCGCCGACGCUCAUGUUCGAUGCGCUGAACGGCACGUCGUACCGGAUCACGUCCAUCUCGGCCGCGACGCAGCGGCUGGUGGUCGCGCCGGCGCCGUUGGUGGCGCAGGGCAGCAGGUGCGUGUCGGAGGGGCGCGGCGGCGGGGUGCAGCUGAACGCGUCGCUGCCGUUCAACGUGAGCUCGUCCAACACCAUCAUGCUGCUCAACUGCACCAGCGCGCUGCUGCUGUCGCCGCUCAACUGCUCCUCCAACUCGCUCUGCCACGUCUACGCCAACGCCACGGGGUCCACGGCGGCGGCUUGCGCGCCGCUGCCGCUCUGCUGCACCUUCGUGGCGGGGGGCUCGUCCACGUCCUACAGCAUCCGGGUGUCCCCGCAGUUCUGCAGCGCGUACCGCAGCUUCGUGGGGCUCGACCCGGCGGCGCAGCCGCCGGCCACGUGGGGCCGCCGCCUCGGGCUGGAGCUGCAGUGGGCCACGCCCAGGGAGCCGCUCUGCCGCACGCAGGCCGACUGCGAGGACGGCGCCAACGCCACCUGCGCCGACGACCCGCUCACGCCCGCGGCCCGCCGCUGCUUCUGCGUGCCCGGGCUCUCGUGGAGCCCCCUCGCCGGCGCGUGCCAGCUGAAUCCCUCUGAUUGCCAGAUCGCUGGGGGCUGCGGAGGAUCCAACCAUGCGCCUCUCAUUGCAGGGCUGGUGUGCGGCCUCGGCGGCGCGUUGCUGCUCGCCGCAGCGGGGCUGCUGGCGUACCGGCGGCAGCGGCGCGUCCGGCUCGCCCGGGAGAGGCUGGCCAAGGAGCGGGAGGAGAUCCUGAACGCCAACAACGCGAGCGGGCGCACCGCCAGGAACUUCUCCGGCCGCGAGCUGAAGCGCGCCACGGGCAACUUCUCCCGCGACAACCUCCUGGGCGCCGGCGGCUACGGCGAGGUCUACAGGGGCGUGCUCGGCGACGGCACGGUGGUGGCCGUCAAGUGCGCCAAGCUGGGCAACACCAAGUCCACGGACCAGGUCCUGAACGAGGUGCGCGUGCUGUCGCAGGUGAACCACCGCAGCCUGGUCCGCCUGCUCGGCUGCUGCGUCGACCUGGACCAGCCGCUCAUGGUGUACGAGUUCGUCCCCAACGGCACUCUCGCCGACCACCUUCACGGCGCCACGAGCCUGAGCCGCCCGCCCACGCUCGGGUGGCGCCAGCGCCUGGCCAUCGCGCGCCAGACGGCGGAGGGCGUCGCGUACCUCCACUCCGCGGCCGUGCCGCCCAUCUACCACCGCGACAUCAAGUCCAGCAACAUCCUGCUGGACGCCCGCCUGGACGCCAAGGUCUCCGACUUCGGGCUGUCCCGGCUGGCGGAGCCCGGGCUGAGCCACGUGUCCACCUGCGCCCAGGGCACCCUGGGUUACCUGGACCCGGAGUACUACCGCAACUACCAGCUCACGGACAAGAGCGACGUCUACAGCUUCGGCGUCGUGCUGCUCGAGCUGCUCACGUCCAAGCGCGCCAUCGACUUCGCCCGCGGCGCCGACGACGUCAACCUCGCCGUGCACGUGCAGCGGGCGGCGGACGAGGAGAGGCUCAUGGACGUCGUCGACCCGGCCAUCAAGGACGGCGCCACGCAGCUCCAGCUCGACACCAUGAAGGCGCUCGGGUUCCUAGCGCUCGGGUGCCUCGAGGAGCGCCGGCAGAACCGGCCGUCCAUGAAGGAGGUUGCAGAGGAGAUCGAGUACAUCAUCAACAUCGAGGCCGCCGGCCAUCCUAUCGAGCAGCAGCGAACUUGCCUAGACUCCAGCGAGUGAUAUGAACUUGUCUAGAACGUAUGAAUAUCUUCGGAAAUCAAGAUACUCCUAUUUUGUAAUACUCUUCUGAUACCAGAGUUGUUGAAAUAGUCAAUAAUUACUAUAUACGCAACAGAUGUGUCAUCAUGAUAUGAUUUACGCUUGAG